GCUCACUUGAACCUAAGGAACAAACCAACAUACUGCACGUUUUCGUUUCCUUGCUUUGAAUCUAUCAUUAUGUUUGCUACGCAGCGCCAGGAGGCACCAAAGCUAAGAUUCCGCUCGUUCGGAGACGAGGACGACCAGAAAUUCGUCAAAGAACGACUGGUUUUGUCACCACCAGCACACAGCAGCCCGCCAUCAUCAAAGCUCGCUUCUCCACUCGUACCCGAAAGGUUGCCGGCGGCAACGGGACUAGCAGAAGUGGCUGGCCAUACUCUGCUCGGCGCUCUGCAAACUCCACCGCCUAGUGCACCUAUCCUUACAAGCAGUCAUCAUCAGUGCGCCUUCGACUUCCAACUUCCUGUCCAUCACACCUCCAUUCCGACCAGCUUUGCACCAUUCUUCUGCUCAACCAACAUACCCACCCAAACCAGCGCUCCCAACUUCGUUGCCAGUCCUCUUUCUGCUGCAUCGCUCUCACCGACGUCGUCCUCUUCAUCAUCUCUGUACCUGGACGAUACGUGGGCGGAUGAUGCAUCGGACGAGGCCGUUGAAUACUUCAUGAGAGAGUAUGACGAGAUCAAGUCCCAGUAUUCGUUGGAUGCUACGGUCACUCCUGUUACUGCUUAUGCCCACGUAAAACCAGCACCUUCACCGAUGCACCAGGAGCAGGCCGUCGAGCGUCCACUCAGUCCGCUCACCUUCGAGCCAGUUGAUACGGACUUAGCGCUGGCGUUCGGGCAACAUGAUCUUCCAGGCGUGUCUGUGGCUAGCACAAUGAGUUCAUUUCCAUCCACCCCCACACCGCUUGAUAAACCUUCGACGGUGUCGCCUGCCACGUUGACGACAACCACGUCUCAAAGCACGCUGUCUUCGAUCGAAGAAGAGAAUGCGACCUCAGCUACGACUGGCCUUGCUGAGCCUGCCAGCGACAGCAAGCCAACUUCCCAGUCCAAGAGCUCAUCACGGAGGCGACAGACUAGCACCACCCGUAAGUCCAGCUGCUGUACAUCCUGCAGUAGUACCAGCAGCAGCAGCGGCAGCCACAAACAACCCAAAGCCAAGGCCAAGGCAGCCACCACCAGUGCUGAGGCCACCCUCAGUAGCACCAAGAAGAAGCGGACGACGUCGACGAAGCGUGCUGACUGCACCACGGCGAAAGCAGAGGAGCCUUCUUCAUGCUCACCAUUGGCGGGCAGCAAGCCUGACAGCUUGUCUGGCAUUCUGAACGAUUGCACGGGUCUACCCUUGUGCAACAUCAUUGAAAUGGAACGCACUGAUCUGGAAGAGGACACGGAUAAGGGGCGGAGAAAGCAUCGCAGCUUAACCUACAAGCUAUACGCAUGUACGUGGGAGAAUUGCAACAAGAUCUACAACAAGUCAUCGCACCUCAAAGCUCACCUGCGCCGCCAUACCGGUGAAAAACCCUUCGUCUGCGACUGGCAAGGCUGCAGCUGGCGAUUCUCCCGCAGUGACGAGUUGGCUCGUCACAAGCGAAUGCAUCUGGGAAUCAAGCCCUUCCAGUGUAAGAUGUGCGAGAAGAGAUUCUCACGCUCCGACCACCUAAGCAAGCACCUGCGCAUCCAUGCUGCGUGUGCUGCAGCUGGCCAGCCGUUCUGCAACAACCCAAGGCGCAAGAGGCAGAGCAAGGCUAAGGCCGGCGCUGCUUCUAACCUUGCCGUCUCCGCACAAGCACUAGCAUCAGUCACCAGUGCAUAUAACGCACCAGACCAAUCCGCACAAAGUCUGCCUUCAUCUCCUUUGCAGUCACCCGACACUAUCGCAAUCUUCAAGAUGCCCGAGUCUCCUAUCUCGCCUCCGGAUUAUCCCAACCUUCAGCUCCCUGACCUACCCAAUUCUGUCCAAGCGGUCGCAUACUAAACAUCGUCCACAUAUUCGAUGAAGGAAGUUCUAUUUGGACUUUGAAAUUUUAUCAGCGAAUUCUAUCCUGCUAAAGCCAUCAAUGAAUUAUUCUGCAAUACGAACACUUGCCUUUCAUAGGUGUAUUUGGUUCCUCUGAGUUUAUGCCUUAUUUUUCCUCCCAGUUCCAGAUCCGCAGUAGAUCUUAGGACCCCUACAGUACACAUAGUUCUAUGUCACAAGGACAAUGCUAAUAGACGUAUAGCUCUGUUGCAAUUGUACAGUGUCGAAGAUCAACAUGUACAUACCUACAUGAAUCUGUGAUGAGCUCUCUUUUUGACAUAUCUGCUUCUUCAUUGGUGCGCUUAUUGUCCAAUUCCUCGAGUCGCGUUUAUGUCUUCACACGCGUUUGUGUUUCUGCAAAUUGAUGUAUUCACAUCGUGAACCAUAUUCUCCUCCACUGUUCACUGCGACUUCACCAUCGUGUGCAUGCUGAACUUGUACAUAACCAACUAUAGCCAAUAUUAUUCGCCCCCUGAACGCAAAAUUGUACUUGCCCAUUGACGCACAAAUCUCCCGCUUUAGAAUGUCACAAAGUGAUUGGUAUAAUUAUUAGUCUAUAUGAACACA